AUGAGCGAGACACCAGAAGUGACUCCGUCGCUCGACUUGAACGACAUCUUGCGUACCGAGGAAGCCGGCGAAGCGCACCAGUAUGGCUUUCUAGAAAACCAGAACAAAUAUUUCAUCAAGUCCGAGAAGCAACAGGUGGACGUAGAAAAAGUGACCCACAGAUUCAAGUACUUGUUGGGUCUCACGGGACUUUUCCAUCACUUCAUUGAAGCUAAAGCUAACCGUGAUCCUGUUUUCCGUAAAAUUGUAGAUGAGUUGUAUCUGAAGAGUUCUGGAACUGGAGCAGCUGGAUCAUCCAAGAGAGGAAGAAAAACAGAAAAAGAAGAGGAUGCUGAGUUGCUCAAUGACGAA